AUGGAGCGAACUAUUUCACAAGAGGAACGUUGGAGACAAGGUCAUAUAAAGAACGCAAAAGCGAAACUGAAACGAACUGGGUCGGGCGAAAUUCGCCCGACCACUAAAAACAAACCAAAGUCUCGAUCGCGAUGGAGAACCCGAACCACUGUGCCUUGUACUUGCGUCGAAGUACCGUAUGCGACUGAAAAAGUGCAGGAGUACCGCAUAGAAUUGCGUAGUCGUGAAAGGGGUCGAUUGACGUUCGAGCCGCACGCUUUUCGUAACAUACUACAAUCACCGAAACAAUUGGUUAUCGACAAGUGCACUCUUCCAGUGGUUCUACCAUACACCUUCACAGGUCUUUCACACAUGCAACAUCUUUGGUUUCGGAACUCAACGAUCGAUAUACUCUCCACACAUGCUUUCUACCACCUAACUCACGUCACUUACCUCUAUUUCCGUGAUGUCUCCUUCAAAAGAAUCGAGAAAAAAGCGUUCGACGCGCUGCAAUCAAAACAGAGGAUGAAUCCAAUAGGACGAAUGGGACAGUUACAUGGUAUGAGUAAGGAGACCAAUCACAGUAUGGUGAUCACCAUCUGCAACUGUUCGAUUGAUCGGAUCCGACCGAGCCGAGCAACCGCAAUGUUUCGGCAUGACAUCUCGUUGGAGUUCACACAAAGCAGAAUCGGCAUGGUGGACUCCUACGCGUUCGCUAACAUGUCGGCUCAAAGCCUUAGUUUUAUGGGUUGUGUAGUGGGCAAGGUGAAGCGCCUUGCAGCUGCCAACAGCCGCUUCGAUCACGUGGAGAUCAGUGAGACUCGCAUCGAAUCCCUUGAUGAAGGUCUUUUCCAUGACUCACAGCUCAGAAACCUCAUUAUUCAAAGGUCUAGCAUCGCCCAGGUGCUUUCGUUGGCCUUCCAACGGUCGCUCAUAAAUCAAAUGAGGGUGGAUGGUUCUGAUAUUGGCAGUCUCGAAAUGCACGCCCUCAAGGGAUCCACGAUCCAUGCUCUUACUCUGGAAAAGGCGACAGUGAACAACGUAAAGGGAAAACCUUUCAAGUCCGCAGAGAUAAACAAUUUGCGGAUCGUCGAUUGCAAGUUACAAGGUGCACCAGCCCGUGCGUUCUUCUCAAGCCUCACAACCACUCGCCUUUCUGUCAUCAACACCACCCUCGACUGUGAUCCAGACGAUUGCGAGAUGAAUUCGAUGUUUCUGAAGCCACCCCGCCAUGUGCUGUUGUGGACGUUUGAAGGGAACUCGUGCAGGACCCCAAUGAUCAGUACCACCAGCGGGAUAGCUUUUUGUGCCCAGCCAACUGUGUUCCACCAAUCCGGGCUCACCUGUCGCCGGAGUUGGGCAAUAGCCGACUGCGUGUGUACUGGGUCGUCGGCAUCGUUGCCAGAUCUCAACGCUUCCGUGGUCAUCAUCGGGGAUUGUGAACACUUGACGGUGAGGAGCGUGAACGCCCCGCCACAUGCGCUUUACCUCUUCAGAAUCGGACGAUGUGACCUGGUGAGAAUGCCUAGGUUCACUACGGCGCUAAAAAUUUACCACUCGACGGUCGUCGUUCACCACCGGGCAUUCCUCAACAACCACAUCUCAGCGUUGGUCCUCUCAUAUGCAGUCAUUCAUAGAGUAGUUUCAAAAGCUUUUGUUAACGUCACUAUCGAUGAAAUGGUAGUGAGUAACUCUUCACUAACGAACUGGCAUCCAAAAGCAGUCGAAGGGACAAAAAUCGAGUUCGCAUCUAUCACCGAUUCCAGAGUCGGAGCUGUGACAUCUCUUCUAAGCUCAGUAAGGCACCUUCUGGUAAGCAAUAGCGUUCUAGCCGGUACCGAGGGUCUUUCAGCGAUCAGAGACGUGCACCUUAGCAACAAUACGGUGCUAUGUUGCUGCGAUGUGGGUGAGAAUUCCUGUGGAAAGGAUAGGAAUAUGGAACAGAAAUGCAAAGAUCACUUUGAAUACUCUAUUAUCUGUGAUGUCAGUGGUUACGCAUAUGAAAUGCGAAUCUCAUAUUUUUUCUUCAUUUCAUUUCUUCUGCGAUUG